AUGUCUAAACAAUGCGAAGCUGCUGAUUGUAAACGUUUGGCCGCCGCAUUAUGCCACCAUUGUGAUCAUCAUGUUUGUCCAAAACAUUUUAAUGAGCAUAUUAGAUUGAUUCAAGACGAACUUCAUCCAUUAACAGAUCGUAUAAACGAGUUAUUGCAGAAUUUAACCCGUUUGACGUUAGAUAAACUUUUAGACAAAUGGCUCAGUGAUCUAGAAAAAUGGCGCGAUCAUAGUCAUCAGUUAAUUGAUAACAUUUAUGCUAGAAAGCAGCGCGAAAUUCAAACCAUUGGAGAUAAAUAUGAGCGAAAUUUCGUUUUGCAUAAACAUGAACAAUCAAAAGUCAUUGAGAUAGUGAAACAACAUGUUAAUGAGCUUAUUCAGGAAGGUGAUGCUACAUACAAAGAUAUUGAACAAAUCAGGAUGAAACUAGAUAAUAUUGAGACAUGUUUGAAUGCAUUUCAGCACGAUUUUGUUAACAUCGAAAUAGAACAAUUGAAGAUAGAGCAAGACAGUAUUCAGGUUAAAUCGAACAUGAUUCUGAAGUCUAUCGAUUUAACAAUCUUGACAAAUGAAAGUAAAAUGUUGGAAGCCUUCGACAGUAGUACUGGUACAUUAGCCUGUAAUGAUCAACUAUUAUUGCUAGAUCAACCUUCAAAAUUAUAUUUAUACGAUAAAGAAUUAAAACCCGUUGGAAACAUCGAUUGGCCUAAUGGACUUAUUUUUGAUUAUUGCUGGUGUCAACACCUUGAAUUAUUUAUCAUAAUAAGUCACACAAAUGUAUUCACAGUCGAUGUGUCAACAUGCGAAAUAAAAUUGAUUGAAUCGAUAAAACCCAAUGGUAGUUUUUAUCGUUGUACAUCGUCUGAUAAUACGCUCUAUAUCUCUCAUUCGGAAGAUGGUUCACAGAUUAAUGAAUAUGAUCUCUCAUCGUUUGAAUUCGUCAAAAGGUGGAUAUCUCCAAAAACAUGUCAACUAGAUGAAUGGAUUGGUGAUCUUCGUCACAAUAAUACUAACAAACGUUUUGGUUUAACAAUUCGAAAUCGAUCGAAAAAUGAAUUUUAUUUUCAGAUACGUGAUGUGCAAAUGAAUGUCAUUUCGUCUUUAACCAUUGCUGACGCAUGUGGUUUAAGAUUGUCUUUACUACCGCCAUAUAAUGAAUGGUUGAUUUCGGGCAGUUGCAACGGUGAUUGUCUGAUUCAAAUAACAUCUGACGGCAAAUUGAAAUCUCGAACGUCCUAUAACAUAAAAAUAAGAAAUGCCAUUCUAUUUCGGAACUAUAUUUUGGCUAUUCGUACAGUUGCAGGAUUGUAUUUCCAUGAGCUAUAA